AUGGCGACCCCCCGGGCGCGCCCGUCGGGCGAGAUGCCGGGCGCGGUCACGCUGAAUGGCAAGCCCUUGGCUUUAGAUCACCUCUUGGGAGUGAGUCGAUUGCAGGAAGUCCUCAGCGUCAUCGUUCAGCAGCUCAAUGCGCAAGAUGAGAGGAUGAAGGGCUUUUGCAAAGAACUCAGUGACAUGCAAGCGCUGCAGGAGCGCUCCCUGGGACAGUUCUCCGAGGUGGGUUUGAAAGCCAACUGCGUCCUGUACCACUCGAGCAACUGCAAGCGAAUGGACCUUCAGCAGGUCUCAGCACAGCUGUCAACUCAGGAACAGCGCGUGGCCGAGAUUGAUGAGCGCUCGCGCGCGGCGAAAGAUCUGGCGCAGGAGGCGUUGCGAGACGGCGGGCUUCGGCAGGCACGCCGUCCUCGCAUCCUUGGAUUAGGCAGCCCGAUGCGACGUCUUCCAGAAGAGGCGGAAGAAGAUGAUUCAGGUGAGCGGCCGAAGGAGCUUCCUUACUCUUCCUCUUCAAUUGUGCCCCUGUCUCCCAUCAAGGAGGUGGAGUCUCCGCGGCGUGGCUCCGGCGCGAGUGUUUCCAAGUCCUUUGACCCGGACCCCGUGGCCACCCUGGCGGCGGCGGUGGCCGCCGCGAAGACCGCCUCGCCGCGGAACGAGUCGUCACCAUGCCAUACGCCGCAAUUGGACGUCUCCGUGGAAGCGGAGAACGAUGGAAAGGGUCCCGAGCACGGAAAGAGCUCCAAGGUGGUGCUGGUGAACGGCAUUGCGUAUACCCAGCUCAACACCAUUGGACGUGGUGGAAGCUCGAAGGUCUACUUGGUCCAGGAUCCCACCGGAGAGAUCCUGGCGCUGAAACGCGUCACGUUGGGGUCCCUUGAGGUCGCCUGGGGGGGACAGUGCGUGAAGGUCAAUGAGGUGUGCCUUCCCACGGCGGACAUCGAGAAGUUCGUCAACGAAUAUCAGGCACUCAAGAACCAGCUUAAGCCCGAAGAGAAGCCCAAAUCUGGGAAAGAAGAGUUGCUCCGCGCGCUUUUAGCUGAAGCAAUUGGGACAGGUAUGAUCGUAAUUUUUGGCUGUGGCUCUGUCUGCGCGUCUUUGUCAGGGGCGUAUCAAGGAGUCUGGCAGGUGGCGGCAGUCUGGGGCUUGGGUGUCUCCUUGGCCAUCUACGCCACUGCCGGGGCCAGUGGUGCGCACUUGAACCCCGCCAUCACCUUGGCCUUUCAGCUGGUGAGGCCGAAGGCUCAUGGCAUGACCUGGUUGAAGUCGGCGCAAUACGUCCUGGCGCAGAUGUUGGGCGCCAUGUUGGCAGGCGCCCUGAACUUGCUGAUCUACAGUGGCACGAUCGCAGCCUUCGAGCGCGAGCAGGGCAUCGUCCGCGGCGAGCCGCGCUCCAUUUUGUCUGCUUCGGCCUUUGGGGAGUAUUUCCCCAACCCAGGACUCAGCAAGGAAUAUGGCAGCGGGCCAUACGCACAGGAGGAUGUGUCGGUGGUACACGCUCUCUUCACCGAAGCCUGGGGGACCUUCAUUUUGGCCUUCGUGAUCUUCGGCAUCACCAACAGCAGCAACAAGGUCUUGGGCAGCAUGGAGCGAGUGGGAGUGCCUUUCACCACUGGCAUGACGGUGGCUGUGCUGCUUCCCCUCUAUGCGCCAAUCACCCAGGCAGGCUGGAACCCCGCGCGCGACUUUGGGCCCCGCAUCAUUGCCGCCCUCGGCGGGUGGGGCUCGGUGGCCAUUCCCGGGCCACGCAAUGGCUUUUGGAUCUACAUCGUGGGCCCCUGCCUCGGUGCGCCCUUUGGAGCGGCCUUGGCCGAGAAGGUCUUAUGGACCGAGAACUCCAAGCAGCUGGAGGCCUUUCAGAACGAGGUGGUCCUCCUCCGUCAGCUGCGGGAUUGCGACUCAGUGAUCCAGGUGGUCGACGCAGAGGUGGACCGGGAGAGGGGCCGCAUCAACAUCGUGAUGGAGGCGGGGGACAUGGACCUCGGCCGUUUUCUGCAGUCCCAACCGAGGCUGAACAUGAUGCAGAUCCAACACCUCUGGAAGCAGAUGCUGGAAGCAGUUCAGGUCAUUCACCAAGAACGCAUCGUGCACUCAGACUUGAAGCCUGGAAACUUCCUGCUCAUCAACGGGCGCUUGAAGGUGAUCGACUUUGGGAUUGCCAAACGCAUCUCCAACGACACCACGAACAUCCAUCGCGAUGCCUCGGUGGGUACCUUGAGCUACAUGGCUCCUGAAGCUGUGAAACAAGGUCAGUUGAAACUGGGUCGUGCAUCGGACAUUUGGUCUUUAGGCAUCAUCUUGUAUCAGAUGGUCUACGGGCAUCCUCCCUUCGCGCACUUGGAGCCGAUGCAACGCUUGUUGCGGCUGAACGAUCCAGGGCUCCGGAUCGAGUUCCCGGCACACCGCUUUGGACUCGCUGGGCAGGCCUUGCUGGAGGUCUUGAGCUCUUGCCUGCAGCGGGAUCCGCGGAGGCGGCCCUCGUUGUGCGAGCUCUUGGCGCAUCCGUCUCUGGAGGCCCGAGAAGCGAGCAUUGGAAGGACACCCCAGGAGAAGCCCAGUCCAAAUCCACAGGCGCAGGAGAAGCCCAGCCCAAAUUCACAGGUGGAGAAGCUGGAAUCCUCGGCGAAAGAGGUGCCACGUGGCGCGGCGUCACGUGGCGCUUUGUCCUUGGAAGAAAUGCUGCAACGGAGCAAGUCAAAGCUCUCAGCACGACAUCCCAGGUUGGACCUGCCAGCGGUACCCGAGGAGAAGGAGAACGUGAAGCCAGCCAUUGGAAAGGCUGGCUGA